CCACAUUUGCUUCAUUCUCUCAUCCCGUCCGACACAAAUAGCGAGCGAGAGAGAGAAACGGCCGCCGGGGCAGGCAGCGAGCGAGCAGUGCGGAAAAAGGGCCAAAAGAAAAGCGAAUCCCCCCAAGAAUCAGCAGACACGUGUGUGGACUCGUCUCGUCUCGACCGGGGAAGGAGAGAGACAAUGGCGUGCCCGGCGGCGGCGCUGCUCCUGCCGCUCCUGCUCGGCUUCCUGGCGGCGCCUUCGCCGGCGCGGGCCACCGACCCCUACGCCGCCUUCGACUGGGACGUCUCCUACGUCACCAGAUCCCCGCUCGGCGUCCCGCAGAAGGUGAUCGCAAUCAACAAGGAGUUCCCGGGCCCCGUGGUGAACGUCACAACCAACUACAACGUCGCCGUCAACGUCCUCAACAGCCUCGACGAGCCGCUCCUCAUCACCUGGGACGGCAUCCAGCAGCGGAAGAACUGCUGGCAGGACGGAGUCCUCGGCACCAACUGCCCCAUCCCGCCGGGGUGGAACUGGACCUACAACUUCCAGGUCAAGGACCAGAUAGGCAGCUUCUUCUACUUCCCGCCGCUCUCCAUGCAGCGCGCCGCCGGCGGAUUCGGCGGCAUCACGGUGAACAACCGUGCUGUCAUCUCUGUCCCGUUUGACACCCCCGACGGCGACGUCAGGCUCUUCAUUGGGGACUGGUACAAGAAGAACCACACGGACCUCAGGAAGAUGCUCGAUGAUGGGAAGGAGCUCGGGAUGCCCGACGGCGUUCUCAUGAAUGGCAAGGGGCCGUAUCGGUACAAUGACUCCCUCGUCCCGGCUGGCAUCGAGUACGAGACCAUCAAUGUCGAGCCAGGCAAAACAUACCGCUUCAGAGUCCACAACGUGGGCGUCUCCACGAGCUUGAACCUGAGGAUCCAGGGACACAACAUGGCCAUGGUCGAGACGGAGGGCUCCUACACGAUGAAGCAGAACUUCACCAACCUCGACAUCCACGUGGGGCAGUCCUACUCCUUUCUGGUCACCAUGGACCAGAAUGCAAGCAGCGACUAUUACAUCGUGGCCAGCGCUCGGUUCGUGAACGAGUCGCUCUGGACCAGGGUUACCGGUGUUGCAAUUCUGCACUACUCUAAUUCAAAGGGCAAGGCGUCUGGUCUGCUCCCUGACCCGCCGAAUGAUGAGUACGACAAAUCUUUCUCCAUGAACCAGGCACGGUCAAUCAGGAUGAACGUGACCACUGGUGCUGCUCGCCCGAAUCCUCAAGGAUCAUUUCACUACGGCGAAAUCAACGUGACCCAAGUGUACAAGCUGAGGAACAUGCCACCUGUUACCAUCAAUGGCAAAAAGCGGACCACACUGAACGGCAUCUCUUACUCCCCGCCUGCUACUCCAUUGAGGCUUGCGGAUCUCUAUGACAAGAAAGAAGUCUACACACUGGACUUCCCAACCAUGCCAUCUGACGGACCGCCAGCGAUCGGAUCUUCUGUCAUCAACUCAACGUACAAGAACUUCAUGGAGAUUGUGUUUCAGAACAACGACACGAAGGUUCAGACCUACCACAUCGACGGAUAUGCCUUCUGGGUCGUAGGAAUGGACUAUGGUGAGUGGAAGAACGAAAGUCGUUCUACGUACAACAAGUGGGAUGGUGUUUCCCGUUGCACCACUCAGGUAUUCCCCGGAGCAUGGACUGCCGUCCUGUUGUCGCUCGACAGCCCGGGGUUCUGGAACGUGCGCACGGAGAACCUGGACACGUGGUACCUCGGCCAGGAGACGUACAUCCGGGUGGUGGAUCCUGACGGAGGCUACAACGUGACCGAGUCGGUGAUACCGGACAACGCCCUCUUCUGUGGCCUCCUCAGGGAAAAGCAGAAGGCUCAGAAGCCGCACGGGUCGUCGUCGAGCUCGGCGUCCCCUGCGGUAAAACAGAGCGGCUACCUGCUGGCGGUGUUGGUGUCGCUGGUCGCGUUUUCUGUCGUCGGACAGUGAACUGAAGUGAUUGCCAGCUAGUGGUGCGUGCUAGAUCUGCGGUUUGUGAGUUAGGAAAUUGAGAAUGUAGGUUCUCCUCCACCGAAUGGGUGGGGAGGCCCUGCCAUUGUUGCGUAUCGGCGAAUUCGUCGAAAGUGUUAACAGAGUUGUGUGCGAGCAUUGUUUGUGUGUGGUACUCGCUGCUGCCUGUGGCCCCGCAAUUGGGGGCGCUGUGCCGCCGCCUUUGAGGAUGAUGAUUUUUAGCUAGCCCUGUGAAAGACGACUUGGUUAUUGGUUA